CGCGCAGCGCGACGACGACGACCCCGUAAACGCUCGUUCGGUGCACCCCGACGAGAUUCUCGGUAACUCGGCACGGGCGGCGCAUCGCGUCGCGACGCCGCGCGCGAUGACGGCGCCGUGCGCGUGGACGACGACGACGACGACGACGACGACGUCGACGAUGUCAAAUGCGCUGGCGGCUCGACGCGGGUCGUCGUUCAACGGCGUUCGCGUGGCGUCCUCCGCGUUCACCCCGCGCGAGGCACCGCGCGCGGCGAGAAUUGAUCUCGACGUCUCCGCGGAAGGCCGCGGCGGCAGAGGCGGCGGCAGAGGCGGCGGAAGAGGCGGCGGCAGAGGCGGAAGAGGCCGAGGAAGAGGCCGCGGCGGCAAAGGCCGCCUCCGCCAGCAGUCCGACGGCAAGUCCCACCUCGGGACGACGCUGCGUUACACGGACAACAAACCCUUCCCGGAGCUGCCGUCCGUAUCGCCGGUGCGCUCGGACCGCGCGCCGAUCGGCUCCACGGGACCCGUGGACGGCACCCCCGGCGGUCUGAUCGACGACCCGCCGAUCAAGUUCCUCCCGCUCGGCGGCCUCGGCGAGAUCGGGAUGAACUGCGCGCUCGUCGGGACCGAGAACAGGUACGUGCUCCUCGACGCGGGUCUCAUGUUCCCGGACCACGAGGAGCUCGGGAUACAAAAAGUCCUCCCGGACGUAUCGUUCCUGUCGCGAUGGAAGGACAAGAUCGAGGCGGUGCUCAUCACGCACGGACACGAGGAUCACAUCGGCGCGCUGCCGUGGGUGAUCCCGGCGUUGGAUCCGAGCACGCCGGUGUACGCGGGUCUGUUCACGAUGCAGCUGAUCGCGCGGCGGAUGAAGGAGUUUAACCUGUGGGGCGACGGAAGCCGGUUCAAGGUGAUCGGCGUCGGCGACGGGAGCCGUUUUUCCGCGGGCCCGUUUGAGAUGGAGGCGGUCCGCGUGACGCACUCCAUCCCGGAUUGCUGCGGGUUGAUCUUUCGUUGCGCCGCGGGGACGAUCGUGCACACCGGGGACUGGAAGAUCGACGAGAACCCGGUGGACGGCCUGAAUUUCGAUCGCAGCGCGUGGGAACGCGUCGGACAGGAGGGCGUGACGCUCAUGAUGUCCGACUCCACGAACGUCCUCUCGCCGGGGAGGACGAUCAGCGAGAGCAAGAUUCGAGACGCGAUGGUCGCGCGCGCACACGGGCACAAGGGGAGGAUCAUCACGACGCAGUUCGCGUCGAACAUUCACCGUCUGUACGGCGUCAAGGCGCUCGCGGACGCGACGGACCGAAAGAUCGCGUUCGUCGGCAUGUCGCUCACGACCUACCUCGAGGCUGCGAAGAAGGCUGGGAUCGCGCCAAUCGACCCGGAGACGCUGAUCCCCGCGGAGGAGAUCGGCAACGUCAACCCGAGCGAUCUCAUCGUCGUCACGACGGGGUCGCAGGCGGAGCCCAGGGCGCAGCUGUGCCAGGCUGCCUUCGGGGGGAGUCGGCUGCUGACGCUCACCGAGGACGACCUCGUGCUCUACAGCGCGAAGAUGAUUCCGGGGAACGAGAAGCGCGUCAUGCGGAUGAUGAACGCGAUCGCGGUCAGAGGCCCGGAGAUCGCGAUGCGUCGCGAGGAUGGCUUGCACUCCUCCGGACACGCGUACAGGGACGAGCUCGAGGAGGUGCUCAAGAUGCUUCACCCCGAACACUUCCUCCCCGUCCACGGCGAGUACGCGUUUCUCAAAGAGCACGAAGCGCUCGCGCGCGAGUGCGGCGUCCGGCACAGCGCGGUGAUCGGUAACGGUCAGAUGCUCGGCGUUACUCCGUUGCGCAACGCGCAGUCGCACGGAACGAUGGGGAACUUGCACCUCCUCGGCGAGGCGCGUCUUCAGACGAUGUUCAACGACGGCGGCAAGGGCAGCGGCACGAGCGAAGACCUCGCGAUCGAAGAGCGGAUGCGCAUCGCGACCGAGGGCAUCGUCGUCGUGGACUUGGAGGUGUUCGACGGCGAGCUCCGCGAGGGCGCGUCCAUCAAGGAAGACCCCGAGGAUGGCGACGUCGGCGGCGACGCGGCGGACGGCGGCGGCGAGGAGAAGGAGGAGUCGUACGACGCCGGCGGUUUCAUGACCGCGCGCGCGAGGGUCACGUCGCGGUCAAUGUGGACGGACGAGGGCCGCCUCCUCGCGACGCUUCGCAACGCCGCGGAGCGCAGCGUGGAGGGCCUCGAGUCCGGCGCGAGGCUCUCCGCGGUGGAGCGCACGUGCGCGUCCGCGGUUCGGUUCGCGUGUCGCAACUACUGCAACAAGCGUCCGGACAUCAUCGUCGUCGCGCACCGCGGCGCUGGGGACGCGAAGCAGCAGCACCGGCUGAAGAUGGCGGCGAAGAACACGGGCGGGAACGACAGCGGGAUGGUCGGGAGGUCUGGGACCGCGUACCGGCCGCGGCAGCGCGCGCGGGCGUCGAACCCGACGGGGGUGCGGCCGCUGAGAAGGAGCGACGGGCCGAAGGGCGACGGCGGCGGCGGGAACCGGCACCUCCGGUCGAACCCGGAGUACCAAUAG